AAGUCAUUUCAACUUGGCCUCCCCAGCAUCCUCCAUAUAUCUCCUCAAAAAUAAGAGAUAGGGAGGAACGAAACAAAUCUCAGGCUUUCAAUCAUGGACGCAAGAGCAUCUUUCUACCUCAUUCUGCCUUUCCUAGUCCUCGCAAGGGGAGCCAGCGCGGCCACACUCACCUUCACCAACCAGUGCCCCUACACUGUCUGGCCCGGGACGUUGACCGGUGGGGGCGGAGGGCAGCUAUCCUCAACCGGUUUCGAGCUUGCCUCGGGCGCAUCCUCCACAAUCAGGGAUGUCCCGGACGCAUGGUCUGGCCGGGUGUGGGGCCGGACAAAAUGCGCCACCGAUGCCUCUGGCAAGUUCACCUGUGCUACCGCCGACUGCGGCUCCGGCCAGGUAAGCUGCAAUGGUGCAGGAGCGAUCCCGCCAGCCUCCCUAGCGGAGUUCACCCUCGCGGCGGCUGGCUCCGGCAAGGAAGACUUCUACGACAUCAGCCUUGUGGACGGCUUCAACCUACCGCUCUCCGCGACCCCACAGGGGAGCGGCAGCAGCUGCAGCGUCACAAGCUGCCCAAGCAACGUGAACUCCGUGUGCCCCCAUGAGUUGGCAGUGAAGGAGUCGGACGGGAGCAUCGUGGCGUGCAAGAGCGCCUGCCUGGCACUCAACCAGCCGCAGUACUGCUGCACCGGGGCGUAUGGGUCGCCGCAGACGUGCCCGCCGACGAACUACUCCAAGAUCUUCAAGGGCCAGUGCCCUCAAGCUUACAGCUACGCUUACGACGACAAGACCAGCACUUUUACUUGUGCCGGUGGGGCUGAUUUCCUCGUCACAUUCUGUCCGUCAUGAGGAAAUUAUUUGUAUCCUCGCUUCUGGAUUGAGAGAUCAUGCAAGAAUUGUCACUUUUCAUUAAGAGAAGUAAUAUCUAUAUGUCGAGAAAAAUAAUGGAUUAUACAAAAUAUCGAAGGUGAUUUCGCAUUUAACUACC